AUGGAGGAGGACAAGAUUGUGCAACUGGGAUUCCUUGAGCAAGCCGAGGAUCCGGCGCGGCUCAGCGAUUUCGAGUACCUCCCGGACAAAGUCGGCGGCAAGCCGAUCUAUGCUCCCUUCAAAGAGUUCGACCACACGUACCAUCGGGUGGUGUAUAUCUUCAGCUGCAAGAACGGUUCGUGUCACGCAUCGCUUGCCCAUGGAAGCUUCAAGGUGUUCCGCUGCCAGCUGCCCAAGGACAAUCCCUACUACGAGUCCAAGAGUGAAGAUGCCAUCGAGGAGGAUCCUGAAGCCGCGCAGUACAUCUACCACAUGCCGGAGAAAGUGUUUUUCUGUGCUGAAUGCGGCAUGAGAGCGGAGAAGAGGUGCAGCGCGUGCAAGAUGGUGCACUACUGCACCGUGACCCACCAGAAGGAGCACUGGGGCAGAGGCCACAAGGAGGAGUGCGAGCAGAUCAAGGCGGCGGGACAGGCUGGCAAGAAGGCCGCUCCCGCAGUCAAGCCCUCGCUGGCGCUGUUUGAUGAGUGGGAGAUCAUCACUGAGGAAGAGCCAUCGGAUGACGAGAAGGAAGAGGGCGAGGACUACGAGAAGAAGCUGUCGCGAAAGUACAAGGAGCUCAAGAUGCUCCACAAGAUGAAGGCCCAGAGCCGACCCAAGCUCGGGCCGGGCGAGCUGCCGGUGGACUUCCCCGUGCCCGAGGAGCCCGAUGAGGAGGCGCCGAUCGACGACAGCUUCAUCGAAUUCCAGCACCGAGUCAAGAGGGCGCCCGACCAAGUGCUCAGAUAUUCGCGCUGGGACGGAGCCAAACCGCUCUGGGUGCGCGAUUCGUUGCAGCCGACUGCUGACGAUGUGCCGCCCUGCCCUCACUGCCAAACCCCGCGCAAGUUUGAGUUUCAGGUCCUCCCGCAACUUCUACACUACCUCGAGGUGGAGAAAGUUGAGAAGGAAGGAAUCGACAAGGCCAUCAACUGGGGCACCGUGGCCGUUUUCUCGUGCCCCAAGUCGUGCCAGCCCACCCCGACCGAUGAGCCGAACUCAUCCGGCCCCACCUACUUUGAAGAGUGCACAUGGCGACAGAACAUGGAGUAG